AUGUAUAAAGACUGUUCAGAUAUUGUGCAAAAAGACCCAAGCAAGGAAGGACAAGAUGGGGUGUACAUUAUUUACCCUGACACCCGGAAAGAGGUCUUCUGUGACAUGACGACAGAUGGAGGAGGGUGGACGGUCAUUCAGAAACGUCAGGAUGGUGACGUCGACUUCUAUAGGUCAUGGAUUACCUAUAAACAUGGAUUUGGGAACGCCUCGAAGAACUAUUGGAUAGGGAAUGAUGCAAUACACACCUUAACUAAGGAUAAAAACCAAGAACUUCGAGUUGACCUUGAGCGUUAUAAUGGUCAACAGGCCUAUGCUGUGUAUACAACAUUUUACAUCGGAGAUGAACUCAGUAAAUAUAUACUGACAGUAUCUGGGUACAGCGGAACUGCGG